AUGACUGAAUUAGAAUUUCAGGAUUCUGAAUACUCAUCAGAGGAUGAAUCAGAAGAAGAGUUGCAAGAAGCAUUUGCUCGUGGUGAUUUGAAGCCCGGUCUAAAUAUUGAAUAUCAAAAAAGGGAAAAAGUCAACAAUAUCACUGGUCUUCUUGCCAAGGCUGAUGAAAUUAAACUUGAUCUGCCAUGGGUAGAACGUAUGGAUAUGAUCAACGAUUUGGCACCACUGGCACCUGAAAUGGCUAUUGCCCUGGAAAAACAUGAACAAAAACGGGCCAAUUUGUUUAAGGGCAAUGCCAAAAUCCCCUAUGUACGUCCCGAAGAAGAUCCUGUUUUGAAUGAUUUCAAACGUGAAAUGUUAUUCCAUCGCCAAGCUCAGGCUGCUGUCAUUGAAGGCAUUCGUCGUCUACAUGAAUUGGGAAUUAAGACAAAAAGGCCCGAUGAUUAUUUUGCUGAAAUGGCUAAGACAGAUGAACACAUGCAAAAGGUGCGUGCAAAUCUAAUGGCCAAACAGGAGGGACAGGCCAAAUCGGAAAGAAUUCGACAAAUUAGGGAACAACGUAAAAUGGGCAAAAUCUUGGCCAAACAAACUAAAGUACAAAGAGAAAUGGAAAAGAAAGACAUGCUCGAUAAGUUGAAGAAAUUCCGUAAGGGUAAAUUGAAGAAUUUAGAUUUCCUUGAAGAUGCCAAGGCCUUGGAGGCAAAGACAAAGAAAACAGCUGAGAAGCGUAAGCAACGUGAUAAGAAAUUCGGGUUUGGUGGCAAAAAGAAGGGUAUGAAACGUAAUACAAAGGCCUCCGCUGCUGGUUUGGAAAAUACAAAGGUACCUAGACGUCGUGUUGGAUCAAAGGCUGCACCGGGCAGUAAACGUUUGGGUAAAUCCAGACGCCAGAAAAAUAAAAGUAAAAAAUAGAUGUAGGGUUACUUUUAA